GCAAAGAUGAAGGAAGUGGAGGAGGAGAUGAAGAAGAAAGAGAAGGCUGCUGAAGAAGAAGCGGCGGCAGAAGAGGAAAAAUAAAGGAUGAGGAUUGAAAGCAGGGAAGGGAGCAGUGGCACGAAGAAGGACAUCGACGCUGAGAUUGAGAAAAAGAUCAGCGAGUGGGUUGCUAACUUAUCGUUGGGGGAAGAUGAAGCAGCGGAGUCAUAUGAAACUGAAGAUGAGAAGGCUGCGCUGGCCGCUGAGUUGGCAACCAUGACAGACCCUAUGGAACGAAGAAAGAGGGAAGACGAGCAAAAGUUGCAAUGGAAGUUGAGGAUGAAGAGGGAGAAGAGGAGGAGGAGAGAAGAGGUGAACAAGAUGACCGCAGCAGUGGCAAAAGUGCAAGAGUGUAGAGCGGAGGUAUUGGCCCAGCCAGAUGAUAAGGCCAAAUGGGACAAAGUACUGGGCUACCUAGAAGUAGAGUUUGCGCGCGAGAUCGUCACCCACAUUGGGGGCGAAGUAAAACAGUUGAGGGACAACGUAGGGAAGUACUGUGAAGGCGCCAUUGAGGGUGCCAAAGCUAUAGCUGCUGCAGAGGGCGAGGGUAGACCCCGUAAAGAGCCUGUAAAGCUCAAGUUCCCAGACGCGUACGGGGGAAAGAAGGAGGAGAACUUUGACAACUGGGAGGCCAGUGUCAACAGCUAUAUUUACUUGCAACAUAUCCUAACAGAGGAGCAAGUCCUUGUGGCCUUUCAGGCCCUCAAAGACGAAGCGGCUAAUUUCGCUCGAUCUCUUGCGCGUACGGCCGGUUGUGAAAACAACCUGGUGGCUUACUCUAAAGUCACUCCUCUUUCCCAAUUCCUCAAGCUCCUUAAAGAGCGGUUUGUUGACCCAACACGAGGCAUUAGAGCCUCUGAUAAGCUUCAAACGAUCCACUCCCGGCAGUGGAGGAGUGCUAAGGCACUCAAGGGUACUAUGGACGACUUGGUAGCCGUCCCGGACCACGGGGUCACUGAGCCCCAACUGGUCCAGCUGUUUUAUCGUGCCAUUCCGGAGGCCCUACGCUGGCAUUUCUUUGACAAAUCUCAGCAGGCCGGCAUGACUUACGAUGUAUUGAGUCGAGAAGUCGUCCUGAAUGAGUCGAAGUCUAUGCCAGUUACCACUUUUUGGCACAAGGACCUAGAGAAAGGGAAGAAGUGGAAAGAUCGUACCAUCUCGGGCCAAGUCAAGGCCAAGGAUCACUUGAUCCUGACAUUAGAGGAGGGUGGUACAGAAGAGGUCCCAUAUGAUCAGAUUGAGUGGGGCCUAGGGGAGGAGUACAGUUGUGUAGGGCAGGGGAGGUCUUACGCUGCUGUCGCGGCCGGAGGGAGGCCGCAAGGUAAAGGAGGAGGCCAGGGCCAAAGGGGCCAGGCCAUGGGAGGCCGAGGACCGAGCGCGCAGGGGGUUGGCGGACAAGGAAACCGCCAAGCGGGAGGUAGGGGUCAAGGUCCCCCGUUAAAUCGCCAAGGUGUGGCAGAAGAAUUAAAGGAGAGGAUGCCAGCCUGGGCCAAAAUGAAGAAGGAGAGUAGAGGACAGCUGAUUUUAGUAGAUGUAGAGGUGUUUAGGAGUAGGGUAGGGGCACUUAUAGACUCAGGGGCUACCCGUAGUUAUAUCAGUCGUAGGGCGCUGAAGAAGCUGAGGCUAGGACUAAAGGUCCAGAAGUUAAUAGACCCUAUAGUCAGUGUUCUCGCAGACAACCGCACGAUGCGCGUUGAGGACUAUGUAGAGGGAGUCCAGGCGUACUUUCGCUUAGAGAAGGAUGGGAAGGUGGAGAAAGUUUUCCAUUCCCUGACUCUCCUCGUACAAGAUGACCUUCCUUUCGAUGUAGUGUUAGGAAUGGAUUGGGGAGAGGCAGCAGGGGCCACACUCCAUCUGAGAGAGCAUGAGUGUAGGCUCCCUAGUCCGUCAGGCGAAGUGAAGACUGCUCGCCUGUUCCAUGCGUCCGGUGUAGAUAACACCUUGGCACAUUGGUGUCUGAGUGCUCCCGAGUUCGCGCGAUUAGUAAGAAAGGAGCAGUUAGAGGAACAGGUCUUUGUGGUGUAUGUUAAACCUGUCACUGAGGGCCAGGAAAAGGAUAGUUCCACAGAUCCAACAAUUGCCAAGCUGGUGGAAGAGUUCAAAGAUUUGACUGAGUCGCCGACAGGAGUAGUGUCGCGACCCAUCCAGCACAAGAUAGAGAUAGAGCCUGGUAGUAGAACUCCUAAGGGUGCAGUCUACAGGAUGUCCCCUAGAGAGUUAGAAGAGUUUCGCAAACAGUUGGACGACCUCCUUGAGAAGGGUUGGAUCAGGCCCAGUUCGUCUCCUUUUGGAGCACCAGUUUUGUUUGUCCCAAAGAGGGAAGGAGAACUUCGUAUGUCUAUAGACUAUAGAGGGUUGAAUGCGAUCACAGUGAAGAAUGUUGAGCCGCUGCCCAUAAUAGAUGAUCUUCUAGAUCGGGUGCAGGGUUGUAAAUAUUUCUCUAAGAUAGACUUAAAGUCCGGAUACCAUCAGAUAGAGGUUCAUCCUGAUGAUCAGUACAAGACUGCGUUCCGGACUAGAUACGGGCACUAUGAGUUCAUAGUGAUGCCCUUUGGACUAACCAACGCGCCAGCUACCUUCCAACGUUGUAUAAAUGACCUGUUCAGACCGUGGUUAGAUAAGUUCGUAGUAGUUUAUCUAGAUGACAUCUUAGUUUUUAGCAAGACCCUCCGGGAGCAUCAGGGCCAUCUGAGGCAGGUCUUGGGGAAGCUUAGAGAGGCUAACUUCAAGAUCAACGCGAAGAAGUGCGAGUGGGCCAAGACACAAGUCCUGUACUUGGGCCACGUAUUAGACGGAUGGCAUCAAGCCAGAGAACAGCAAGAUAGCGGCGAUUAGAGAUUGGCCGUCGCCCCGCACAUUGA